AUGCCCCAGGCUCACCCUGUGCAGGCCUCACACGAUGCGCCGAACUACGUGCGCAGACACACGCCCCAAAUCUCGAUAUCCGACGAUGACCACCACGUCACAGAGGCCAUCACGGCGGCUUACGGCAGCGACGACGACGAUUACCUGACGCCCUCGAGCCGCAACUCGCGACCUCUCAGUUUCGUGGGCUCCGCUAUAGAGGCCUAUCAGCUUGGUCCUGCCUAUCUCGAUACGAAACGCAACUCACCGCCUCGAUCUCCACUCCAGCAGACGGGCACCAACGAGAGGUUGCCUACCCCCGACACCACUGCGCGCAAGGGCAGCCACGGCUCCGAGAAUCUUCCUCUGGAAUCAUCCUCUCCGCCGACCCUAUCCAGAAAGUCUUCGUCGUCCGAUACCGCAGUACAGCAAUUCCCCCUGACCGACAUUGACUCUCCUGCCGCCGUAGCUCAAGAGCUCAACAACCUGCAAGCCAUUCGUCGCAUGUCCAUGAGCGUCGACAAUGCAGAUCCCGAUCUUCCCACCUUUGGCGCGUCAGCUCCCACCUCCCCAGAGCCCAAUGACGAAGAUGAAGCCUCGCGCCUGUUUUGGGUCCCGGCCCGCCUACACCCCGAGCUCGCCCCCGUAGAAUUCAAGACAUUUGUCGAGGACCGUGUUGAUCGCAUAAGAAAGCGCUCCGUGUCUGGUGACUCGUUGAUGCCUGGUGUGGAAAGGUCCAAUUCCGGCAGUAGUCUCACGAGGAAGAAGAGCAUGCUUUCACGCCAAAUCGAUUCCUCCAAGGGAUAUGAAGAUGGUGCCGAACGCUUGCAACGGAAACGAUCAGAGAAGGAACAAUCGCUCACAUUACCCACUUUCGAGAACCUGCAAGAGUUGGAAGGUCUGGUCAACAACGUCGAUCUGGAUUCUGCGAGGACCAGUCUUGACUCAGGUGUACAAAUGGCCGAUGCCCCGAUUACGCCUGCUCCAGGACCUGCCCUCAAGCGUUCCACGAGGACGUAUAUGCGCAAGGAUCGUGCUCCCUUCUCCAGACGAGCCCUCAGUCGCCAAUCAGACAACACCAGACAGUCCGAGUCCGAUGGUGAAGGAAGUCGGGCUCCUUCGCCCGCGCUUUCUAUGCGCGAGCCUCCUACUCCAGGAAUCAACCGUGUGCAGACCGAGCCUGCAGUGGCUCGUGAUACCGCCACAGGAGCUGGCCGCCUCACCUCGGCUUCUUCAGAAGACCUGUCCCAACAUAAGAUAAAGCCUAGCCAAGCCAACACUAGCACUCCUCUCCAGAGCUCUAUCCCUAACACCACUUUUCAUUCCCGCAUUGCUACAAAUGGCCGGACUACCGCCCCCGUCCCUGGUGCUAGCAGUCCAAUCCCGCAAAUAGUCGAGACUCCCCCGACAGCCAACAGCUUCACCGUCCCAGAGCGCAAAUCAUCACAUAUACCACCCUCUGCCCCGCUACCGUCCCAGCAACAUUCGACCCCUCCUUCUUCACAUGGACUAACGCAACACCAUGCCCCUCCUCCUCCUCCUCGUGCUCGUCCCAGUGCCAGAGGUGCUCAUACCCGUCCGUCUCUUGUUCACUCCAAUUCAUCUCGCACUACCAAAUCAACCCUGGAAGACAUCUCUGCUCACCCCUCACCUCUGCCUGGUAGCGGCAACACGCGGACUGAUGCUCUCACGAUGGUGCCAACAUACGAAGAGAAGAAGGUCGAGAAGAAAGACAGCCGCAAGACUAGCUGGAAUUGGCUUCUUGGCAGCGAGGAGAAGGACAAGGAGAAGGAACGAAAGACUGAAGACAAGGAGCGCGAGAAGGAGGCAACCAAGAAGUCAAAGGCUGCUGCGAAACAAAAUCCAAAAGCUGCGGAAAAGACUCGCCUGGAUGUUCUGCAGUCGUCCAUCGAUGGCAAUCCAACGGUGCCUAAAGGCCGAGAGUCACUGGUACUCGAUCGUGAGAGUUUCAAGCUCGAAGAAGAGCGUAGAAAAGAGAGCACGCGAAAAUCCUCAGAUGGCAGAAAGGACAAGGACUCAGGUAUUCUGUCUGCCAUUUUCGGAGGUGGCAAGCGAUCAAAAGAACAAAAGCAUCAACACCAGCCACCGAAAGAGUCUCUGCGGGCGCCCUCUCCAGAUCCUAUCCCGAGAAUUCUUAGACCGGACAUUGAUUACAACUGGACAAGAUUCAGUAUCCUGGAAGAACGGGCGAUCUACAGAAUGGCCCACAUGAAGCUCGCCAAUCCUAGGAGGCCGCUCCACAGCCAGGUGCUGCUCUCGAACUUCAUGUACAGUUAUCUCGCAAAAGUACAGAUGUACCAUCCUCAAAGCCAGGUUCCCGUCGCACAGAAGACAGCUCAGGCUAGACAGCAGCAACAGAUGCAGCAACAACAACAACAACAACAACAACAACAACAACAACAACAACAGUCCCAGCAGCAGCAGCAAGACCAGAUGCAACAGCAACAUCACGACGCUGCUUCGGAUGAUAGGGUAUGUCGAAACAGUGAAUCGGCCAUGGACCAACGACUAACACUUUCCUAG